CAACCACACAGACCUGACUACCCUUCCACCGUUCACUGCAAAGUAUGUAUAAUUAAUCUCCAUCCACCGAUUCUCUUUUCUCCCACUCAAUCUCGACUACACCUUCAUCGUUCACAACCAAAAGUAUGUUGCCCUCGUUAGGCUCCUCCACCCCCAAAGAAGACCCUCCUCACAAGUGAUUACCUUAAUCAAUCCUCCUUCAACCUUCAUCGCCAACUAACUAUUCUCCAACAACAUGGUUGGAGUGUCUCAACUUCAGAACAUCGUACCCGAGUUGUCCAAUCAAUCUGUCAGCCAUCCCCUCAAGUUCAUUUAAUCAGUAACAGUAGCUUACAAACCCUUUAUCUUUGUGAGCAUUGAACAAUCGGAACCCAUUUUGCCCUUUUCGGCUCAGAAGAACAAGACGAUCUCAAUCUGGGAGCAAUCCUGUCCCCGUCCCUGCUUGAAAACGAGGUUCUUCUUUGGCUCAGCUUGCUGGGAUGUUCAGAUUCGUCAGAUAAAGAGACCGACGGCGCUGGUCUCCGGCGGCGAUGGAUUCGGGCGCGAACACCGCCGGCGAGGUGUUCGACGAAAUGCCGCAAGAGAAGAGGCGAAGACUUGACGCCGGGCGCGACGAGUCGCCGUCGUCGCCGUGGGCGGGCCUGCAGGCGGACGCCCUGGGCGUCGUGCUCCGCUUCCUCCCCUGCCUGACCGACCGCGCCAGGGUGCGGUCCGUGUGCCGCAACUGGCGCGCCGCCGCCUACGGCCGCGGCGUGGCCCCGCCGCUGCCCCUGCUGGUGAUGCCCAGGUUCAGGUUCGCCAGCAUGACCCCCGGGGGCGUGCUGACGGCGACGUCGCGGCGGGCUUGGAUGCCGCCGGAGGUGGAUGCCGACCGUGCCGACUGCGUGGGAUCCUCUGGCGCGUGGCUCGUGGGCGCCAGGCAGGUCGGCGGCGAGUGCUUCUUCGUGAAUGCCUUCUCCCACGUGGUGCUCCAUCUACCGCGCCUGGGCGAUUCCGAUCACAGCCAUUGGGCCUGCUCACUGCGCAAAGUGGCGCUAUCUGCUUCACCUGAGUUGGGAACCAAGUGCAUUGUGGCUGCUUUCGCCUUCUGCAGGUCCAAGCCUGAACUGGCGCUCUGGAGACCUGGGAUGAAGUCAUGGCGUGUUUGGCAGCAUCCUUUGAUUGCUGGGCAUAUCGAUAUGGCCUUCUAUCAGGGGAGACUGUACAUGCUCUGGAGGUUCUCGCCAUCCCUCUUCGUCUUCGAAAUCGUGGAGGAUGUGCAUGGGGUCAGUUUCUCUCGUAUGAAGGAUUGUCUGCUGGAGAAGCUCCUCCCUACCCCUCUUGGAUCCAAUCAUGUAUUGAGCUGCAACAUGGUGGAGUGGCGCGGGAGACUGUUGUUGAUCAUCAGAUACUAUGGUGGUUAUCAAGUCAGGCACAGAGUUCUUAAGGUCGAAGUGUUCGCGAUGGACUUGAGCACGAAACCAAUUAGCCUCACUGAGAUCCACAGCUUCGGUGGCGACUGCAUCUUUGUUGGUUCAGGUGGCUGCAAGUCCUUUCCUGCUGGUCUGUACCGCGGAGUUGAAGGCGACCUUAUCUACUUUGUUCCUGAUCAUUACAACACUCAUGACGCAUUUGUGUACAACAUGAGAGAUGGCAAGAUAAGGCUCAUUGUUGAACCAACGCCACGCAGGAUUUGUGCACCAGUGCACAGCCUCGGUUUCCCGGUCUGGUUGUUUCCUCCCGAGUAAUCACCGUCAGGCACAAAAGUCUGAUGAACUGGGUGGGUGCUGCAGUUUGCUCUCAGAGAUAAUGUGUACUGUGACGUAUUCUGUAUGGCAACCGCAUUUGUAGGAGAAAUCUGUAUCUUGUUCCCAAUUUCCUGCCUGUAUGUAUGGUGAGGGGUUGCCCAGUUACAGAACUGAGACCAGAGGAAGAACAUGACCUCUGCAAUGCUGUUGUAUGUGCCUCGAAUGCUCUAAAUGCAAGUAUUAAACAGUGCCUGUAUGUACUGGCCUUAAGCUGCUGGUUUCCUUUGAAUUGAUAGUGGAUACAGAUCAAGCAUGAUGAAAUAUUCUGCUAUUGUUA